AUGGCCGCGCCCGCAUCAUCCACUGCCGAGGCCCUCGCCGCCGAGGAUGUCUACUUUGCCGAAAACCCGGCCCCGCGCAACCUGGAGGCGCACACGGCCCUCGCACGGGGCUUCAUCGCCGCCCACAGCGCCGGCGGCCGGCGUGUCGUGCUCAUCACCUCCGGCGGCACCACGGUUCCCCUGGAGCGCCAGACGGUGCGCUACAUCGACAACUUCAGCGCCGGCACGCGCGGUGCCACCAGCGCCGAGUACUUCCUCGAGGCCGGCUAUGCCGUCAUCUUCCUGCACCGCCAGUUCAGCCUGCUGCCGUACUCGCGCCACUACUCGCACGCCACGGACUGCUUCCUGGACUUCCUGACCGAGACGCCCGGUGAUGGCCGCAUCGCCGUGCGCCCGGAGGACGAGGACAAGAUGCGCGGCGUGCUGCGCAAGUACCGCCAGGCGCGCGACAACAACAUGCUGCUCAUGCUGCCCUUUGUCACCAUCGUCGACUACCUGCACGAGCUGCGCGGCAUUGCGCGCCUCAUGCGCCCCCUAGGUCCCGCCGGCUUGCUCUACCUCGCCGCCGCCGUGUCCGACUUCUUCGUGCCGCCGGACCGCAUGGCCGAGCACAAGAUCCAGUCGACCAACGCCGUCGACGCCCGCAAGCAGGAGGACGAGGAGACGUUUGACAACUUCGACUCGUCGCCCGCCGUGCCGCGCUCCAAGCGCCUCAUCGUCGACCUGGACCCGGUGCCCAAGUUCCUCAAGAACCUGGUCGACGGGUGGGCGCCCGAGGGCAUGAUCGUGUCGUUCAAGCUGGAGACGGACCCGACCAUCCUGGUGCACAAGGCGCGGUACAGCCUGGACCGCUACCAGCACCACCUGGUCAUCGGCAACCUGCUGUCGACGCGCAAGUGGGAGGUCGUCUUCGUGAGCCCCGGCCGCGACGACCAGUGGGUGCGCGUGCCUCGCGAGGGCGGUUGGGGCGAGGCAGAGCUGCGCCCGCUGCAGGCCGAGGAGCUCCCGCACGAGGAUCCCGGCGUCGAGAUCGAGGGUCUGAUUAUUCCCGCCGUGAAGGAGUUGCACGAGCAGCAUAUCAAGGGGUUGAAGCGGGACUGA